CCAUCUAUCAGUCCUCUCUACCACAAAAACUCAACCUACAAUGGAGUCCUCAAAGAUCUUAGCCCUUUUUCUCAUUUCCAUCCUCUCCGUUUCAGCCUCCGCCUCUCGCAUUAUCGAAAAAGAUUGCGGCUCGUGUUCCCAGCCGCCUAAAACCCCUUCCGUUAAGCCCCCUUCCACUACACCGAAGCUCCCCGUUCCACCGGUCACUGUCCCUAAAUUGCCCGUCCCGCCGGUCUCAAUUCCCAAAUUGCCCAUCCCACCCGUCACUGUCCCGAAACUGCCCAUCCCACCGGUUACAGUCCCAAAACUGCCCGUGCCGCCAGUAACCGUUCCUAAACUACCCCUCCCACCAGUAGCUGUUCCUAAACUACCCCUCCCACCAGUAGCUGUCCCUAAACUGCCCCUGCCGCCAGUAGCGGUGCCAAAACUGCCACUCCCACCCGUAGCCGUGCCAAAACUGCCAUUGCCGCCAGUGGCAAUCCCCAAACUGCCAUUGCCGCCGGUCGGAAUCCCUCCAGUGCUCAACCCACCAUCCACCGGAAAGGCCUGCCCACCACCGCCAGGGAAAGGGAAAGCAGCCAGCUGCCCGAUCGACACACUGAAGUUGGGUGCAUGUGUGGAUCUUCUAGGUGGGCUGGUCCACAUUGGAUUGGGCGAUCCGGCUGUGAAUGAAUGCUGCCCGAUAAUAUCGGGGCUUGUUGAGGCUGAAGCUGCAGCAUGCUUGUGCACAACUCUUAAAGUUAAAGCCCUAAAUCUCAAAUUAUAUGUCCCUAUUGCUCUUCAGCUCCUUGUCUCCUGUGGAAAGACACCACCUCCCGGCUACGAAUGCUCUAUCUAGAUUCCACUUUGGUUUGCUAGCUAGAUGGAUUGAAGAAUCCAAAUCGACAUGAGAGGAUGUCGGGCUCGCAUGCAUGGGUUUCGUUUUCGUUAUUUGUUUGUUGUCUUCCAAUCCUUCAUUUUUUUUUUCUUGCUGGAAUUAAUAGUUGAUGUUUGCGUUUGUUCGGUCAACACCAUUUCAUUGUGUAAAAGUUUGUCAUAUUCAUGUAUUGUUUGUUGAUGAGAAAGCAGUAUAAUUAAUCAAAAAUGAUUCUAGAUGAAACACAUGCAAACUUGAGU